AUGGUAGGUGUUGAUGAGGAUAGAUAUGGAGCGUUAGUAGACGAUGCUAAUAACGAGCCAACAAUGGGUGAUAAGUUUGAGAGUCUUAACUUAUUAGGAGGAGAGAAACUUAGCAAUGAGGAGAGUAAUGAUAAGCCUCCUACUGCAGCUUCUGUUAAUGUUCUUCUGAGACAAGCUUUGCAUGCUGAUGAUCGGUCUCUUCUACUUGAUUGCUUGUACAACCGUGAUGAACAGGUGAUUGCUAAGUCGGUUGCUAAGUUGAAUUCAGCUGAAGUACUCAAGCUUCUAAACUCUCUUCUACCAAUACUACAAUCAAGCUCAUUGAAUCACGGGUAUCAAACCUUCACACUGCCGUUGAAGUUUCAAGCAGCUUAG